AUGGCUUAUACAUGCUCAACCAUAGUCACGGGAGGCACUAUCAAUCUUGGCUACUAUGCCGCCCUCGAGAUCGCCCGUCAGCAUCCGGACUGGCUUGUCGUGGUCUGUUCCCGGUCCGACCGCGAGCGCGCUGCCGAGAAGAUCAACACCACCUUGAAACAGAACAAUACCGCCUUUAUGGCGCUCGAUCUGAACGACACCAAGAAAGUUCGCAGCUUUGCGGAUGAGUGGAUUUCGAAAAACCAUCCUCCAAUCCAAGCAUUGCUUUUGAAGGCCGCCUUACAGUUCGCGGACAAGAUGAUCUUGAACUCGGAAAAUAUCGAGGCAACCUUCACGAUCAGCCACAUCGGCCACGCACUCCUAUUCCACCUGCUUUGCCCACAUCUCGCACCCAACGCCCGCGUCGUGGUGACCGCCAGUGGCGUUCACGAUCCACUGCAGAAAAGCGGUCUACCAGAUACCACUUACACAACAGCCGAUGAUCUUGCCCACCCACCUCCCGCCAUGACCAACAGACCGAGCACUGGACACUAUACUAAUACCAAACUCGCCAACAUUAUGUGGGUGUAUGCGUUGUCCAAACGUAUCAACGAACGGAUCCCCGACCGCGGAAUCAAGGCCAAUGCGUUCGACCCGGACCUGCCAAUCACGCCGCUUCUCAAGAUCGCUUUCACCCCUAACAUCCACAAGCCGAGCGAGUCGGGUGCAUCGCUCGCUUGGGUGGCUACUGCCGACGAGAUGGCCUCUGUCUCGGGGAAGUACUUCGAGGGACGCAAAGAGAUCAGAUCCAGCCGGCUCAGUUACAACACAGCUAAUCACGAUGAUCUGUGGCAGUGGACUGUCAAGCACUGUGCCCAGGACGGUGCUGAGGCCGCGCGGUUCGAAGCGUUCAAGUGA